AUGAUAUCACACAAGAUUAUUUAUGGAUAUUUAGGAGAUGUUAAGUCACCAACAAGUGGAAACAAAAUGACUUUGUUACCAGGAUCAACUGGCAAAAUAGUGUGGUCAUUUGAUGAUGAUAUAUCUGUUGUGUUUUCACGAUCUUGGGCUUUCACAAGUACAGACGGUUCCUUCAGUAACACUGCACUUACACGUAUAGCUAAUGAUGGUAACGCUACAAAACUCGUCAGCUUUCCUGUGAUUACAGUAGAAAAACCAGCAACAUUGGUUUUAAAGAACGUUAAUCGCAGUUAUGAUGGAAAAUACAAGUUAACACUCCAGUCAUGUACCGAUACUUCUUCUGAAGUUACCAUCUUCAUCGCAGAGAAGCCAAACGUGACAUUGAAUUGUUCCAGUCCCGUUCCGCUAUUGAAAGGUGAAAACUUCACGUGUCUAUGCAGAGGUGAAGGUGGAAACCCUCCUGCUAAUGUUACCUGGUUUAAAAAUGGAGUCAAAAUUAGUGAUGUUGAGAUAGAGAAACAAACGGUAAAUCUGUUAAAUGUUGGUAGAGCAGAUAAUGGAACUUACAAGUGUGAAGUCACCAGCUACUCUCAUGAAAAUUAUACCGAGGAAAAAUCAAUCGCAGUAACAGUUUAUUUGAAGCCAAGUGUGACAAUAAAUUGCUCCAGUCCAAUCAAUGUAAGAAAAGGCGAUUAUUUUAUAUGUCAAUGUAUGUGUAAUGGUGGCAUUCCUCCAGCAAAUUGUACUUGGUUUAAAAAUGGCGCCCUGAUUGGUGAAAUAAGAAUGGAGGAGAACACGUUAAUCCACCGUAUUGAUAGCGAGGAUGGUGGAAAUUACACGUGCGUUGGCCGAAGUCACGCUAUAGCACAGGAUAAAAAAUCUGUCAAUGUAUUUGUUUACUGUAAGUAUUUACCCAGAGUAGAAUGCAAUUUCGUCUGA